UUCGGGAGACGGGCGGGGCGGCACCGGGGAGCUGCGGGACGGGGCGGGGAGGAGGCCCGAGGUCUGAGCCACCCGUGAGGUCUCGGCGCGGAGGCCUGGACAGCUGGGGGUGGCGGCGUUGGUCUCCCGAACUGGAGACAGGCCGGGCCGUCCCGGGCUGUGGUGGGCGCCCGCGCCCCGUGGAAGGCGGAGGCGUGGGUCGGGGCGUCAGAGACGUUGCCAUUCUUUGUCAGUGGAAAAGAUAGUCGUGUGCGCACAGUCACCUGAGGUUUCGGAACUCGUGGAAUUGGAAACCGAGUCGCAGGAGACUAAGAGUUGCGAGUCUCCCCUUAGAGAAUUCAGAAACAAGCGUAGCCAGCAUCGUCAGAAACACGAGCGUGACGACACCGGCCUCCCCGUGCCGAGUCCACGCGUGUGACGCGGGUGCAUACACCUGCGUCCGUGCAAGGGGGUGACAGCAACACAUUCAAAGGGCUUCUCCUGGGAAUGGAGCAGGAGAAGAGAUGGGGAGCAUCGCAUAGAUGGAACUAGACCUUUUUCUUGGGUUGGGUGAUGUGUUCCCGAGUCUGCUACAUGGAUUAUUGCAUCGAGCUUUUAGUGUCUUCUUAUUCAACACCGAAAAUAAGCUUCUGCUACAGCAAAGAUCAGAUGCUAAGAUUACCUUUCCAGGUUGUUUUACUAAUACUUGUUGUAGUCAUCCAUUAAGUAAUCCAGGCGAGCUUGAGGAAAAUGACGCCCUUGGAGUGAGGCGAGCGGCACAAAGGCGGCUGAAAGCUGAGCUAGGAAUUCCCUUGGAAGAGGUUCCUCCAGAAGAAAUUAAUUAUUUAACACGAAUUCACUACAAAGCUCAGUCUGAUGGUAUCUGGGGUGAACAUGAAAUUGAUUACAUUUUGUUGGUGAGGAAGAAUGUAACUUUGAAUCCAGAUCCCAAUGAGAUUAAAAGCUAUUGUUAUGUGUCAAAGGAAGAACUAAAAGAAUUUCUGAAAAAAGCAGCUAGUGGUGAAAUUAAGAUAACGCCAUGGUUUAAAAUUAUUGCAGAGACUUUUCUCUUUAAAUGGUGGGAUAACUUAAAUCAUUUGAAUCAGUUUGUUGACCAUGAGAAAAUACACAGAAUGUGAAUAUGUAGGUAAAAUGAUUACUGAAAAAUUUCUCUACUUAACAAACUUAGAAUGACUUUUUCCUUUUAAAUUUAGUUCUAUACACUGAU